AUGAAUAAUUCUCGGCUCAUCUCUCUGCUCGGUAUAUCGACCCUUCGUGCUGCCCCAAGAGAUGUCCAUCUAUUGUACCUCUCGCGCUUCCUAAGAACUGCCGCCUUUGGGUCAACUGGCGUAAUCCUCGCCGUUUUCCUGUCUGGCCUCGGGCAUUCUGAUGUCCGAGUUGGACUAUUCAUGACUCUGACGCUCGUUGGGGACGUCUUCCUGAGCCUGGUCCUCACAAACUGGGCCGAUCAUUUUGGACGACGUCGCACGACUAUUCUUGGGUGUAGUUUAAUGAUCACCAGUGGCUUGGUCUUUGCUAUUGCUAGCAAUUACUGGAUACUUCUCGCAGCCGCCGUCUUAGGGGUAAUUAGUCCUUCUGGAAAUGAGAUCGGACCUUUUCGUGCCGUCGAGGAGGGUAUGUUGGCAUGCCUCUCUGCGAACUAUGAUAUGUCCGACAUCUUCGCGUGGCAUAUUGUCGCGGGGACUUUAGGAGUAUCAUUUGGCACAUUCUCUACGGGUUGGAUUACGGCUAUAUUUCAGAAACCGGUAGGAUGGACCGAGCAAGAAUCCUACAGAGUCAUCUUUAUUGUGUAUACGAUCAUCGGGAUUAUCAAGCUUCUUGUGGCACUAAAACUCAGCAACGCUUCUGAAGUGUCGAGGCCAACCGUUGAACGACAGCAAGACGCUGAACAAGAAGAAGCUCAACCAAUGCUGCAAUCUGAAGAGACCUCAGUCGCUAAAGGUCCUGGCCCUACUGCUCUAAUGCGUGCCGUGCGAAUUUUUGUACCGGAACUUACUGCACCUACACGAUCCAUUCUCUGGAAGCUCUGUCUUCUCUUUGCCAUUGAUUCCUUUGCGAGCGGUAUGGUUGCCUUUACACUUUUGAGCUUCUACCUCCAUUCACGCUUCCAAGCACCAAUGAGUCUCCUCUCAUCGCUCCUUGCCAUUCCGUUCAUCUUCAGCGCAGCUUCAUCACUUUUAGCCUCACCAAUCUCGAAGCGUCUGGGGCUUCUCCCAACAAUGGCUCUAACACACCUACCAUCCGCCAUUCUACUAGGUUUCCUCCCUCUUGCCCCCACGAUUGAACUUGCUUGCGUCCUCCUCAUCCUCCGCGCUGCGUUAUCUACCAUGGACCAAGGUCCACGUGCAGUCUUCCUUUCGCAGGUUGUCCGGCCAGAGGAGAGGACGAAGGUCAUGGGAGUGGUUAAUACCAUCAAAACGCUUUCGCAAAGUGCCGGACCUACUGUCACCGGCAGCAUGGCACAAGCGGGCAACUUUGGAGCAGUCUUUGUCAUAGGCGGCGUCCUCAAGGCCGGAUACGAUCUCGCAUUGGUGGGCUUGUGGCUCAGUCGACGCGCUCUAGCCGAGCACGAUGACAUUGUAUUACCCAAUGUGAAUGACAACCUAGCGGAAAAUGAGGGCGAAAGCGACGGAACAAGUAGGGUCUGA